UCUUGCGAUUUCUUAUCAUUAUCACAGUUCAUUAUCAAAAUCUGAUCAAAAUACAUUCCAAAUACCCCCGAUUCGCAUGAUAAUCCUUACAUAACGUCACAAAGCCUACAAAAUAAAUCAUGUCAUUUCGCGGAUUGCUCGAUCCCGAUUGCGGAGGUCAAAAUCCAAUCGCGCAACUUGCUGGCCAAUUAUCUCGUGACGUUACGUAUCGCGAUGAAGGACUGGGCCGCGGAGCACUUGCUCGUCCCGACAUGGUGCAAGAUUUCCUGCAACAAGUACAACCGGCGCCACAAACUUUCCGCAUGAACGAACUCAUGAAGGAGAUGCAAGAGCUCGAAGGGAUUCGACAAGAGCCAGGCGGUUCCUCGAUAAAUUUCCCGCUGGAUCUCAUUAGUGGCGCUGAUUGGGCAAAAGAGUUCGGGGUCGAUAAUUUAUUCGAUUCAACGUCGAGAGUGGCUCCAAUUCGACCGAAUUUGAUGAUGGGACCACGAUCUACGGGGCCUUUGAUGGAAGUUGCUCGUCCUCAGCCCGUGGGAUGGACCAAAGAUUUUUUCGAGAAGGAGGAGCAAGCGGAACGUCAAGCCACGGACGAUGUCGAUGAAUGGGUCAAAGCAUUCGAACAGGGAAAAGAUGCCGAUGAACGGGCAAGUGGCUUGUAUAAUCGCGAAUUUUGGGAGAAAUUACAAGACGAAUGGCGUCGAAUCAGUGAAGAACAAGAUUCGGAAGUGAAUCCAUGGCUUUCGGAUUUUUCCGAAAUUUACGAUCCCUUCAAGGAAUACAAAUAUGCCGAGGAAAAUCCCAUGAUCGAUAUGGAAAACGCCCUGGAAAAAGGCAAAGCUUUUCUCGCGCAAGGCGAUAUCCCAAGUGCCGUGUUGUGUUUUGAGGCAGCCACAAAGCAAAAUCCCGAAUCAGCCGAGACCUGGGAACUGCUGGGAACAACACAAACCGAAAACGAAAAUGACCCCAAUGCCAUUCCUGCCUUGAAAAAAGCCCUCGAACUCGAUCCAACCAAUCGAAAUGUUCUCAUGUCCCUCGCUGUCAGCUACACGAACGAAAGUUACCAAAAUCAAGCUCUCAAAAUGCUCGUCAACUGGUUAUCGGUGCACCCGAAAUAUGGGCAUCUUGUGCCCGCAUCUGCCAAAAUGCCCGAUAACGCUGCCUCCAAUUUGACAGAAUCCAUUGCCAAAGCUCCGGUUUUGCGGGAAGUGCAGGAAAUGUUCUUGUCUGCCGUGAAACAAAAUCGCACCGAAGUCGAUGCCGAAGUGCAAGAAGCUCUCGGGGUUUUAUUUAAUUUAUCCUCGGAAUACGACAAAGCUGUUGAUUGUUACAAAGCUGCGGUGCAAGUUAAUCCUGGAAAUGCCAAAACGUGGAAUAGGCUGGGCGCAAGUCUCGCUAAUGGCAAUCGAAGUGUGGAAGCCGUCGAAGCGUAUCAAAAUGCGCUGGAAAUUCAACCGGGAUUCAUAAGAGCGCGAUAUAACGUCGGGAUAAUUUGCAUCAACUUGAAGGCGUACAAAGAAGCGGCGGAACAUCUGCUAACGGCGCUAAAUCAUCAAGCGACGAGUUCGUCGAGAGCGGGAGUUGUUAGCUCAAAUGCGAAACUCAUGAGUGACAGUAUUUGGGGAACGUUGAGGAUGGCGAUUUCACUCGCGGAAAUGCACGAUUUGCAAGAUGCGAUCGAGAAAAGAGACUUGAAUGCUCUUAACGCUGCAUUUAAUGAAGGAACAAAUCCGUAAAUGGAUGAAAAAUUAAUUUUAAGUAAAUUAUGUUUUUUUUUUUAAUUUAAGGAGAAUUUUUUUGACAUUGAAGCAAUUUAUUACAAGGGAAACAAAUAAAUAAAUAAAU